CUGGGUGUGUGUCUGUGUGUCUGUCCCUGUCCGUGUGUCUGUGAGCACGCACCGAUGCCCAAGGCCCCCCCGGCCUGGCUGGGUGUGUGUGGAGCCGCCCUGGGGCGUGGCAGCCCCGGCAGCGCCUUUAAAAGCAGGGCUGAGCUGGGCUGAUCUGGGAGAGAGAAACCCACUGAGACCCCCCGGGACCCCCACCAGGACACCCUCAGGACACCCAGGACACCCUCAGAGCCUCAGAACCCACAGUGUCCCCACAGCCAUGAAGGUGACGCUGUGCCUCGGGCUCGUCCUCGCCCUCGCCGUGGCCUCCUGCCUGUGCCGGCCACCAGCAGAGCCAGCAGCUGCCCCGGGGGACCCCCAGCAGCCCCUCCCCAGCCUGGCCCGCCGGGACUGGCCCCAGUACCUGUCCCAGGAGCAGCAGCACCUCCUGUCCCAGUUCCUGCCCCACGUCCUCACAGAGCUGAACAAGCACAAGGCCUUUGUGCAUGAGGAUGAGGGGAUGGAGGCUUUGCACGACCACUUCUACCCCGACUGGAUGGACUUUGGGCGCCGCAGUGCUGAGGAUGAGGCUGGGGCUGCGUAGCUCUGGGCUGCACUGGCUGGGCAGGGCACUGCCACGCUCCCUGCCUGCCCUUUCCUCAA